AUACUUGGACAUUUUAUGCAAGCAUAUUUGCAACUAAGAAUGUUGUCUUCGAUAAAUUGUAGAAGGGAUUUUCAAGGGAAUCACUCCUAUAGGUGUUUGUGUAACGUGUGUAAAUUGUGUGUGUGUGUGUGUGUGUCAGUGAGAUCGUGUUGUGCUUUCCUGCUGGUGAGAGCCUUGCUUGGAGGAUUCAGCUUGACUCCAGACCCAUUUGUUUUCAUUUGUACUGCUCAGCUGAACACCACCACUAACUUUGGAAGCCAUUUCAACUCAGAGUAACAGAUACAAAAACAUUUUGUACACAACUAUUUAGGUUGAGCGAAGAAAAAAAACUUGGCUCAGAAUUAAAGAAGUUCAACUAAGAGAGUGAGCGUGACAGGACGGUUGGGAGAGUGAAGGGAAGAAAAGGGAGGAAAGGGGGAGAUUUAGGCUGAGUAGAUAAACAAGAUGGAAGUACUUAAAUUUAGGAAAGGAAAAGAACGUGAUUCUGGGCAUUAAAAACAAAGAAAACGCCUUCACAGUGGAAUAGAAAGGAAAAUAACUGUCUGAAUAUUUAUUUUGUGAUGUCUUUCCCAUCUCUACUGCCCCAAUUUUACCCAAAAGCUUCACUAAUUAGUUUUGAUUGUUUUUGCUGCCCUGAGAGCUUUGCUCUGCUCUGCCCUGUCUGUGAAGGACGUUGCAACCCCAAACAGAUGUGAAUGCAGCUAUAAGCACAUUACCUACCCCCCUCCACCCACAUAACACCCCUCCACUGGCCCACCCCCUCUUCAAUCCAGUUUAAGUGCGACCUCCAUGAAAUUACCAUUAAUUCAACUUUUUCAACAAUUUCUGAAAAUGUUAAGUGUAACCAGUUGGAAAUUGCUGGAGAUAUACAUGCUGGCAGCAUUUCAAUUGGUGACGUCAAUCACUCUAAGACCUUGAAGUAGUUUUUUUCCCUUAAUCAACAAGGGUGGUAAUGGCGAUUUGUGGGGGACUGUUGUGGAACUGUUUAGAGGGUGCGUGGUUCGCCUCAAGGGCAUGGAGAAGGUCAGAAGCAUUAGAAUGAUAUGAGGUUGUGACGGACAUACAGGCUGCAGGCUCUGCUUGUGACACUGGGCCGCAGGGUGGGGAGAAGCAACUGUAUCCAGGACAGAGGACGGGAUCACCCGGGCACAAUGAAGACAACACAUGCCAAGAUCAAGUCCAAAUGUGCACCAACCUUUUUUGCCUGCGCCAAUGGAAUCCACUGUAUAAUCGGGCGGUUUCGUUGUAACGGCUUUAUCGAUUGUCCUGAUGGGAGCGACGAGGAGAAUUGCACAGGUAAUCCACUAGUGUGCCUGGAGGCCCGCUUCAAAUGUCGAAACGGGCGCUGUGUGGACCGUAGCUUCCUGUGUAAUGGACAGAACAACUGUCAGGACAAUAGUGACGAGGAACAUUGCCUCACUACCGCAGAGGCUCCGGGCCAGGACGUUGUAACCCUUGACUACCGGCUGCGCUAUUACCCCAGCAUCACCUACGCUGUCAUCGGCAGUGCCGUCAUCUUUGUCCUGGUGGUGGCGUUGUUGGCCCUGGUUCUGCACCACCAGAGGAAGCGCAGCAUGCUGUUGCCCCGCGGGAUCCGGGCCUCCUCCCACCACCGCCACCGCCACCAGCCCCUGCUUCUGUCCCGCCUGGUUAUCCUCGACCAGGGGCAUGUCCACCCUGCUGGCCCCGGUCAUUCCCCGUCCUCUCCGUCUGCGGUGGCCCGGUACACCCCAGGUCCGGCAGGCAUGUCCUACCCCGCUGGCAUGCCCGUCGACUCACCGCCCUCCUACACUCAGGCUGUGCUGGAUGCAGCCGACCUCCCUGGUUUGACCUCCCCCCGCCUCCAUACCUACCAAACGGGGAGCAGCUGUCAGAAGGAGAGCUGCCGCAGUAUGAAGCCCCUGCAGAGCCCUCCACUCAGCCCAGCACACAACCCUCUGAGCCAUCUACACCCAGAACUGUGGCCCCAGGCUUGUCCCAGUCCAGCCUCAGCUUCAGAGAGGAGUCAGACGAGCUGUAGUCCUCCUCGGGACGACUGAUGUAUGUUUCAAUACGGUACCUAAACUCUGGGAUAUGGAAGGUCUGAAAAGAUGCGAAAGCUGUUGGAUAAGGAAAGGCCCAGCAGCACUGUCCUGCCUGCUGGGGGAAUGAGACACGAGGUUCUGUUCUACCUACAAAGGACUCACUGACUGACACAGUUAAAAUCAUUACUGUUGUAUAGUGGCGCCCUCUGUUGGAGAUAUAUUGAUAUCUGACUGGGUUACCCACCCAUUCAAUCAAUCCGUGGAUCAGUCAUCAGUGCAGUAAUUGUCGUCUGUAGCUAUAGAGUGAUUUUUACAAAUUAAUUUCUCAACAACAAACAUGACCUAAAGACUCCAAUAGCCUUCUUCCUGUUGGACUGAUGAAACAGUGGGUUGGGACAGGAUGCUGUUUCAAUCAUGCAUUAAUGUAGUCGAACAGUAACUAACAGUGUUUGUAGUUCUCAUCAAGUGUCAGAUGUUACGUGGUGGUACAGUUAAACUAGCAAAUGCAUAUGCUGUGUAAGCAUAAUGAAAGAGAGAGUGUUACAUCGGUACGGUUAUAGUUGAGCACGUUAGGAUAACUAGCACAGAAGCACUUGGGUAAACGACACAUGAAUAUCUGUAAAAUGUUUCCUCCAACCAUAUUUUAUAAAGCUGGUCUUUCAUUUCAUAGGAAUAACUGGAAUCAUAUUGAGCUGUCCUACCGCACUUGGAUUUUGACAUGAAGUCAAAUUAUAUAAGUAUUUAAGAGAUCAAAAUAGUGUUACUGUCCCUAUGUCCCUAAAUAUUCCUUUCUUUUUAUUUACAGUUCAUUCAUUAAACCCCCAAAAUACCCCCUCCCAACCUUCCACCCUAAAUCUCAUCAACAUGUGAUAUUAACAGAAACCAAAAGAUAUCAAUGAGGGCACAGUCCAAAGGUUGUGUCUCGAAGCACUAAAAAAGAAGUUUGUCUUUAAUUCAUUACUUCAUUAAGCUGACAUUCUACAGCCCAACAUACCAGUGUAAAUAGCUGUUGUUUUGAUAUAAUAGAAAAGCCAAUAGCAGACAGGAGCAGAAUGUUCAGAGCUCAGGACAUUUUCAGCAGAUAAAAACAGUUUAGAAGUAAUUUUCACAAAGAGGAAGAGUAGAAAUACUUCAGUAAUAACUUUAUUGACAGGAUAAAAAAUAUGUGUGACAAAAACAUUCCCAGAGAAUUAAAUGUAUAAAUAUAUAUAUAUAUAUAUACAACCCUGUUUCCAAAAAAGCUGGGAAGCUGUGUACAAUUUUAAGAAAAACAGAAUGCAAUGAGGUGCAAAUAAUUUAGUUGAAUAUAACCCCAUAUUCAAUAGAAAAUAGCACCAAGACAAUAAAUCAAUGUUGAAAACAUGUCCACUUGGAACUUGAUGCUAGCAAUACGUUUCAAAAAGCUGGGACCUGGGGCAAGACUGGAAAAAUUGUUUAAUGCUAAAGAAAAACUGGUGAAAACAUCUAACAACUAAUUAGGUUAAUUGGCAACAGGUCAGUAACAUGAUUGGGUAUAAAAAGAGCAUCCCAGGGAGGAUGAGAGUCUUUCAGAAAUAAAGAUGGGGAGGGGUUCACCACAGCAUAGGCAAGACAGCACAGGCAAGGCCAAAAACCAAUAUUAGAUUGCUUUGAUCUUUGGGCCCUCAGGUGGCACCAAAUAAAAAUAG